ACACAGUUGAAUAUCUCUGAUGAAUGGUCGCAUUAUGAGCUUUACACGCACAAAAAAAUUCUAUUCUAGACAAGCAGGAGGAAGUGAGUUGAGAUCAUAAUCAGAGCAUCUCCACACUAUGUUCUAUGAAUUAUUUGCUAUAGCACGUAUACAAGACCCAGUUCUUGUUAACAAGGAGGCAGUCAAGAUCGCCUCGACUGUUGGGAAAUUGAUAUUAAACAACAGAGGAGUCAUUAGACUGAUCACCAGCUUAGGUCCAAAGCCGCUCCCAAAAAUCAUUUCUAAGGACCAAGAAAGACAUUUCCAAGGAUACCACUUUAUAAUGGCGUUUGACUCUUCCUCAGCAGUACAACAAGAGCUAUUAAGAACUUUGCGCAGAGAUCCUAGAAUCUUGAGGUCCAACAUCAUCAAGAACGACAUGAACAAAAAGUUGGAUGUCGGCACAACAUUUGAGAGAGCUUUCUCGAGCGUCUCGGAUUAACCUUUAUGGAGAAUUUGCUACAUAAAAGCACCUAAAUCAGAUUUGUACAUAAUAAAAUAUAUGAUGAUAACCCAUGGGUUCCGCAUGGA